AUGGCCGCUCAGCUGCAGCACUUUGGCCGUGGAGCGCUCCGAGUAGCGAAGAACUACACCAAGGGGUACAGUGACACGCAGGUGAGCUAUCGCUUCCAAAUCUCGCCAGCUGACAAGCAGACGAAAGUCCGUGAUGCGACCUCAAACGAUCCGUGGGGCCCGUCGGGCACCCAGAUGAAUGAACUCGCCCAGUUGACCUACAAGCAGGGCGACUUUGUGGAGAUUAUGGAGAUGCUCGACAAGCGACUGAACGACAAGGGCAAGAACUGGCGCCAUGUGUUCAAGGCGCUCACUGUGCUUGACUACAUCCUGCACGCCGGAUCGGAGAAUGUUGUCAUCUAUUUCAAGGACAACCUGUACAUUGUCAAGACGCUGAAGGAGUUCGUGUACGUCGACGACCAGGGCAAGGAUGUCGGACACAAUGUCCGACAGAAGGCCAAAGACAUUACAAACCUGCUCCAGGACGAGGACCGACUGCGCGCGGAGAGAAGGCAGCGUGGUGCGAUGCGUGACCGCAUGCUUGGCAACAUUGCCGAUCACGGACUGCAAGGCGAGGACGACUAUGGAGGCCGAAACUACGACAGCUCGUGGCGCGACCAGGAGCGGCAGGAGCGCAGGCCCACGCGCCGCAACGACGACGAGGACUCGGACCUCCAGCGCGCGCUCGCCGAGAGCAUGCAGAGCAGCCAGGACGAGGACCGCCGCCGCUCCCAGCAGCAGAAGGAGGAGGAUGAGCUGCAGCGUGCGAUCCGUCUCAGCGAGGAGGAGGAAGCGAAGAGGAAGCGGGAACAGGAGGAGGCGAACCAGCGUGCUCUCAUGGACGACAGCUUCCAGCUCGAGUCGAACAACAUGUACACGCAGCAGCCGCAGCAGACCGGCUUCCCUCUCGUCGACAUGAGCGGCGGCUGGAACCAGCAGCAGCUUCAGCCGCAAUACACGAGCUUCAAUGUGAGUUUAUCCUUCCUGUAUCUCGAAACUAACGUUCAGCCCUUUGCCGCUCAGAUGCAGCAACAGCAGCAGCAGCAGCAGAUGUACCAGCAGCAGCUCCUCCAGCAGCAGCAGCAAGAAGAGUACAUGCGGCAGCAGCAGGAGGCGCAAGCGCGUGCCCAGAUGCAGUCGUCGCUGCUUCCCCAGCACACGGCGUACGGCUCGAACAACCCCUUCGCGCCGAAGCCGACGAUGCCGCAGCAGACAGGUUCGCUGUUCGACUCGAACCCGCAGCCGCAGAUCCAGCAGCAGCCGACAGGAAUGUUCGGCAACUCGUUCAACCCGCAGGACAACAACAACAACGCUUUCACGCCGCAGAGCAACCAGACUCUCACGCCGACACCGGCAGCGCCCAAGCCCUUCGCUGCGCCGAAGAAGGACGAUGGCGAGCACGCCGGCCUCGCCAACCUCAUCGGGCGGGGACGCGAGGACGGCCUCGACACGUUCGGAAACGUUGGUAACCUUCGUGAGUACUGCACUGCGCUGAGUGGGGUGACUGCGGAUAUCGCUUUGGCCCGUUCUGCGGAAUGCCAGAAAGCCAAGACAGCAGAUGACGCGGGCGCGUCGACGCAGACGCGCAAGGCGAUGCAGUCCGCAGCCGCUCUACCGGCGAUUACGCGGUACGGGACUCGGCGCGAACAACCCGUUCGGCCAGCAGAACAACAACAACCAGCAGAACCAGCAGCAGCAGCAGACGAACAACGAACAGCCCUUCUUCACGAUCUAGACGAGUACAUGCGAGCGAAGACAAAGGGAAGGUGGUUAUCUGUGCGAGAUGCCCAGGUUACUACUCCAGGAUACUCUUCUUCCUCAACGGCUGCAUCUCGUGUUCCUCAGGCCUCUGCCGCCUCUGCUCGACCUCACCCCGUGACCGGCGUCGCACCUUCUUGGCGCGGAACCUUCCCUCGAGCGAGAAAGGCGGGCAGAGACACCAACUCACAUGUACACGACGACCACCUCGCCGACCCACUUCCACAGCCCCGCCUCAAUGAGCAGCGGCACGUCGAGGAUGACACACCACUCGCCCCUCAGCCACGCCUUGAGGAUGCCCACGACCAUAGCUCUCCUAACCCGGGGAUGGACCACGCCAUUGAGCCAGUUGCGCUCGUCCCGGUCCUUGAACACGAUCUCGCCGAUAGCGGAGCGGUUCAGGCUUCCGUCCGAGUUCAGGACGCGGUCGGCGCCAAAGUGGUCCACGACCAUGCGGAACCCGCUUGUGCCCGGGGCGAUCACGUCGCGCGCGAGAAUGUCUGCGUCGAUGAUCGGGAGCGAGUGCCGCUCGCGCAGCAUCUUGGAGACGGUCGACUUGCCUGA